CGUAGGCUUGCAUGUGGUCGCUGUCAUCACAGACAACAACUCCAUAAACAGAAAAACAAUGUCCCUUUUUAAAACACCACCGGAACUUUGCAGCGUCUAUCCACAUCCCUCAGACCCGGAGUGUCCUCUUUUCUUUGUUGUCGACCCUGUUCACAUACUAAAGUGCGUGAGGAACAAUUGGAUUAAUCAGAAAAACAUCGGAACCUGCAUGUUCUUCCCUCCCAUCAAGGGUCCUUUCACCAAACCAUGGGCAGCGUCGUUCAAGACGCUUCGGGAGCUUCACUCAAAGGAACAGGACCAGCUCAUCAAGUCCGCUCCAACCCUAUCGAUGAAAGCGCUGCAUCCAUCCAACAUGGAGCGACAAAAUGUCAAGCUGGCUCUGAAGGUUUUCAGUCCAUCUACAAUCGCAGCCUUAGAGACCUGUGGGCUUCGACUUGGCUUGGAAUAUGCCGCUGGAACAGCAGAGUUCUUGAAGAUUGUCGAAAGGUGGUGGAGCAUCGUAAAUGUUAAGACGUGCAACAAGGGCCGACGACUUCGAGAUGACUUCCAGUCUCCAGUCACGUCUUUGUCAGGCCCACAAAUCGAGUACCUCACCAAUGUGAUAGAAUGGCUAGAUCUGUGGCAAUCCCUGAAGUUUGACACAGGCAGGCUCACACCGGACACUCACAGUGCCCUCCGACUCACGACGUCCACCUUGGUGAAGCUGACAAGCUACUGCCUUCAAGAGAUGGGAUUUGACUACGUACUACUCGGAAAAUUCCAGACCGACUGUUUGGAAGACAGGUUUGGAAAGUACCGACAGCUUGCUGGUGCCCAAUAUCAUGUUUCUAUAAGACAGAUAUUUGAAUCUGAACGGAAGCUUCGCCUUCAGAAAGUCCUCCAGCUCCCAGAUAUGGAGGUGGCAGCAUCUGCAGUCGAGAUGGAUGGGUCUGUACUGGAUAACUUCAGGAUUGAAGUGACGGACAUGGACAUUACUAACAAGGCUCCAAACCUCGCAGCGAUCACCUACGUGGCAGGCUACUGUGCUCACGCUGCACUCAAGAAGCUCUCCUGCACUGCCUGCAGAGCAAACUUAGUGCUGGAACGUGACAUCCAAGUUGAGAACUCGGACAUCAUCAGAAGCAUGAACCGAGGUGGACUCAAGUUCCCCCAGCCAGCUGUCGUCAUUGCUGUGGUCACAACAGAAAUAGUGCUUGACAAGCUGAGGAGCGAGAAGUAUGCCACACAAUUCCACGGGUUGCCAAACCAGAAAGCGGCACUGCUGACACUCACGCAUAAUAUAUUGGAUGACUCCAAUGAUCUCGAUGUGUGUGAUAGUGGUCAUUCGCCACAGCUGGUGAUGCGUCACAUUUUGAGCGCAGCAACGAACAUUGUACUGAACAACUAUUGCAAGACAAAGAAUGACCAGCUGGUUCUCAAGAAAUUAACCCAAAAGCGAAAGAUGAAGACUCUGAAGCACUGACGCUAUUUUGACUGACCUUACUUGUGAUGACUUCAUGUGACUGAUUUUCAUUCAGUCCACACAUUCCAUUUUUAGUGUAAAUAAACAUUCAAUCAUUGAACUUCUGUGCUGCACAAAUUAUGAUCCAGGGUUAUAAUAUCAUAAGUCUACUUGAUUUUAUUGAAUUAAGAGCCAGAUUAUUGUAGAAAGUCGUGAAAAAUAGUAUGAAAUACUGAAGCUAUAGGAAAAUGGUAAACCUCAUUAUUUUCCUAACCCCAUGUUUAGCAAACUAAAAUAUCGGGAGGCACACGGGAAGAUUUCUUAAGUCGGAAUUUAUUGAGUGUACAAACGUCCACUUAUUUUAUGAACUCUACAUAUAUCCAUUAGACCUAAUUCGCGAAAUAUUUGGCCCGCCAAAAUU